ACCAAAGCUCACGAGUCACAUAUAUAUCUACUCUGCCCAAUCUCGCUCUCUCUCGCGCGCUCUCUCUCUCUCUCUCUCUCUCUCUCCAUGUAUUAGGAUUCAUUUGGUAUAAGAAGGGGCGAUCUUUCCCAGGAAUUCUCGUGAAGUCCCAGAUUUUUUAAAGUCCAGUUACAGAGAAUCGGGAAACGUAUUCCAGAAAUUCGAAUUCCUGGAAAAAUAGAGAAGGGUUGAAAUGUGGGGAUUUGGGGGUAGGUGUUAUUGGGGAAGAGAAGAAAGGGGUGGGAAAGUAGAGGGGAUAGUGGUGGUAUUCGCAUGGAUGUCGAGCGAGGAGAGGCACGUAAGGAACUACGUAGAGCUCUACUCGUCUUUGGGCUGGAAUUCUCUCGUCUGCCAUUCCGAGUUUCUCAAUUCGUUCUUCCCUGAGAAGGCCGCAGCUCUAGCAGCUAAUGUUCUCAAUGAACUUGCCCAGGAACUAAAGAUUAGGCCAUGGCCUGUAGUUCUUGCAUCUUUUUCUGGUGGUCCUAAAGCUUGCAUGUACAAGGUCCUUCAGAUAAUUGAUGGAAAGUGUGAAGGACAGCAAAUUUUGGAUGGCUUCCAACUGGUUAGAGACUGUAUAUCUGGUCAUAUCUAUGAUUCCAGUCCUGUGGAUUUUACCAGCGAUAUCGGCACUAAAUUUGUUCUUCACCCAACUGUACUCAAAAUGUCCCAUCCACCAAGAUUAGCAUCAUGGAUUGCCCACAGCAUUUCUUCCGGUCUCGAUACCCUCUUCCUCAGCCGAUUUGAAUCACAGCGUGCAGAGUAUUGGCAAACUCUGUACUCUUCUAUUAGCAUGCAGGCCCCAUAUCUUGUUUUGUGCUCUGAAAAUGACGAUCUUGCUCCCUUUGAAGUUAUCUUCAAUUUUACUCAACGAAUACAAGAUCUUGGGGGUGACGUUAAGCUGGUGAAAUGGAAAGACUCUCCACACGUAGGUCAUUAUCGGCAUUAUCCGAUUGACUACAAAGCUGCUGUGACCGAGCUUCUGGGUAAGGCAGCGAAAGUUUAUUCUCAAAGAAUUCGUCGACUAGAAGGGGAAAGGAUGGGCAUAGAGGGAACACAAGAUGCGAUCCCUGAGCCAAUUUGUGACCUGAGGAAAGCAACAAACAACGCACAUAGCUUUCACGGUGUUGCCACUGGACCUAGUGACCAUUACUUCUUGCCCACUUCGAUGGAGUAUUGCGAUGGUAAAGGUAUCGGUUCGUUGCAAGAUGAACACAAGGAAGGUUUGAUCCACCUGCCUAGUCUGCCAAGCAUUAGUGCCCAUGGUGUUCUUGGUCAAAUCCUUUUCGACGUCUGUGUUCCAAAGACCAUCGAAGAUUGGGACAUAAAAUCAAGUCCUUUAAAUGGCCGCCGGCUUACUCCCACAAGGAGGCACACUCCAUUCAAUCCCAUCAAAUGCAUACGUCGCUCUAGACUAUAAUCUGUGAUUCUGCUGCACUGAUAUUUGGUUCAAAGCACUCUGCUCGUAGACUAAGCAAAGAGCCCCCGAUAGACAACAACAAAAAAAUGAGAGAGAGAUAAUGGAGGUGCUAAGAGAGUGGAUGUGCUGUUUGUAGGCAAUAACAAUGUGGGAUAGUAUUAAAGCUUUUUGCCUUUAUUGGACAUAAAAUCUUUCUACUUUGACCUGAGAGUCCUAACAAUUAUACAGAGAUUUGGCGUUAGUUUUCUUAUGCAAAUAAUGUUCAAUAAUGCUA